UCUGGAACUGGUAGGCGGGGCUCCGCCUGGUAGAGGUUCUCUGGUGGUGGUAGGGAAACCGGCGGUGCGGGGGGCGCAGUGGAACCUUGCAGAUGUUGGAGCUGUUGGGUGAGCUCGGACACCUGCACCACUAGAGCCUGAACAACGCGAGCUGUAUCGUUGAGAUUCUUCUCCUGGGAAUCCAUACGAAGUAGGUUGCUGUUCACGACUCCUUCCAGCGAUCCGGUAGAGCUACUCGCUGCUUCCAUCAGGUGGUCAGAUCAUUCUGUUAUGAUAGAAACGCGGAAACAAGUUGCAAGUAUACUCUCCGUUUAUUAAAUCAGAUAAAUGAUGAUAGACACAGUUCAGAGAGAAACAGGAUAGUGGUGCAGGGACUUCGAUGGUCAGAUGAGUGCCGUGAAGAGAAGUGCUGAUGGUACGUGACAAAUCCAGAGUGAAUCCACAGGAACACGAAACAGGAACGACGAAAACACCAGGCUGGAAAUGAAGACGGGGGCAACACAACCGGAGACUCACAAACAACGAUCUGACAAAGGAGAGGAGAAAGUGCUGGGGCGUCCUGUUCUCUCAUCCUCGAGACUUCACUCCCGUCUGCACCACCGAACUCGGCAGAGCCGCUCAGCUCAGUCCUGAGUUCAUCAAGCGUAACGUGAAGCUGAUGGCGCUCUCCGUCGACAGCCUGGAGGAACAUCACGGCUGGAGCAAGGACAUCAUGGCUUACAAUAACGCAGAGCCUGGGAGCCAGUUUCCCUUCCCCAUCAUAGCGGAUGACCGGCGGGAGCUGGUGGAGAGACUGGGCAUGCUGGACCCGGAGGAGAAGGACCGCAGCGGGAUGCCUCUCACCGCGAGAUGUGUGUUUGUGAUCGGCCCGGAUAAGAAGUUAAAGCUCUCCAUUCUCUAUCCUGCAACAACAGGACGGAACUUUGAUGAGAUUCUGCGUGUCAUUGACUCGUUACAGUUAACGGCGCACAACCGUGUGGCUACGCCUGUGGACUGGAGGGUGAGGACGUCUGUUUGGAGAUUGAUGAGAGCUGUGUUGAUUCUUCUGUCUGUGUGUAAUGUGUGUGGAUCUGCUCUGAAGCCUGGAAACAGUGUGAUGGUGCCUCCCAGCAUCCCUGAGACGGAGGCCGCGGCGCUCUUCCCCGCUGGAGUCUACACCAAAGACCUGCCGUCUGGGAAGAAAUACCUGCGCUACACACCACAACCCAACACACAGCAGCAGUGAACUACAGACGGAGAACUGGAGACGAGCCGUCUGUAAAAACACCAGCGAUGAGCGGAAAUCAGGAGGCAAAGUCCUCACAGCUUCGUUUUUAAUGCUUUAUUUUAAUCCACUGUAAAUUAGCAUUCCAGAUAGACUUAAAGAGAUAGUUCACCCAAAAAUCAACAUUUGCUGUUAAUUUAGUCACCCUCAGGCCAUCCAAGACAUAGGUGACCUUCUUGUUCCUCGGCCCA